CAGUCAGUCAGCUAGCUGUCAUUUUGUUUGUUAAUUGAUCGAAAUGUUGAAAUGCGGGGUCGCUAAAAUUGUGCUCUUGUGUUCAAAAGAAUGCCUGAAUCACAGUCGCUACUAGCUGGAGAUUGGAGAUUUCCCAUACAUAUCAUUGCGACUCGAUGCAGCUCGAGUCUCUUGGCUUGAGCCUCCACUCUUAUCAUGUCAUUCUUUACCUUAUUAUCUCGCAGCUCGUCCCUUGAUUGAGAAUAUAUUUCUAGUAUAAUGUGAAAUAUUUAUUUAUGAAGAAAAAGCAGGAACUUAAAAUAAGCUAAUAAUAAUGACGCAACCAAUAGAACUCGAGUGUUCAUAUGAUGCAGAAAUACCAAAACAUGAUUACAGCGAUUGGAGUAUUGAUAAAGCCAAAUUUCAGCAAAGCAGUUUAGAUUUCGAAGAUUUUUUCACCAAUUUCAUGUUAAGAAAUCAACCCUGUAUUAUUCAUAAUGUAACUGAAAGCUGGAAAUGUGCUAGAGAAUGGGUUAAUGGUGACCAGAUUAAUUAUGACUAUAUGAAUAAUGAAUAUGGAGACUUGAUCGCUCCUGUUGCUGAUUGUAAUGAUAUAAUGUUUAAUUCUCAAUGCAAAUCUGAUAUGAACAUACAGCAGUACAUAGAAUAUUUGAAAAAUCCUGCAGAUUGCAGGUUGUUGUACCUGAAAGAUUGGCACCUAAGAAGAAGUAGACCUGAAGAUAAUUUUUAUGAAGUGCCGCAGUAUUUUAUAUUGGAUUGGUUAAAUGAAUUUGCCAAAGAUAAUAACGAAGAUGAUUUCAUGUUUGUGUACAUAGGACCUAAAGGCUCAUGGACACCACUGCAUGAAGAUGUCUAUUGUUCAUAUAGCUGGUCAGUCAAUAUUCUUGGAAGAAAAAAAUGGAUUUUGUUUCCACCUGAUGAAGAAGAAAAAUUAAAAGAUAAGUUUGGUAACUUGCCUUUACUAUUUGAUCCAGAAAAAUAUCACAAUGUUAAGUACUUUGAAAUUGUUCAAGAAAAAGGAGAUGCUCUAUUUGUUCCAUCUGGAUGGCAUCAUCAAGUUUUUAAUGAAAAACAAACAAUUUCCAUUAAUCACAAUUGGAUAAAUGCUUGUAACAUAGAUAUAGUAUGGAAAGCAUUAGAAAAAUCAUUGUUAAUGGUAGAGCAUCAAAUAAAAGAUUGUGAAAAUUCACCAGAAUAUCCAGAAGAAUGUCAGAUGAUACUAAAAUCGCACUUUGGCAUGGAUUUUGUGUCAUUUGUGACAUUUUUGUGUUCUAUAGCCAAAAAAAGAUUAUCACAAUUACAUGGGAAUCCACGAGUCAUCUGUAACAAAUACUCGCUAGGAAUAAGUAUAAUAAAAUUUGAUUUAAAAAAUAUAUUAAAAGUGAUGGACUUAAUAAAUGUACAUCCAGUAUUCCUUAAUAAUAGAAUAUUAUGUUCCAAGGAACUAGAAUUUUUACAAUUAAGAAAGGAGAUAAAAACCCUUUUCCCAUAAAUAAAUUAUAAACAUAACUAUAAA